AUGUCUUCCUCAAAGUUGCAAAGAGCCAUAGAGAACCCAACUCUUGAGCUCAAAAUCGUAUCAGCUGACGUCAAUCGUAUCGAUGCCACGGACAAGAUUGACGUAUACGCCAUCGUUUCAAUCAACGGCGAAACUACUCAACCGAAACAAGCGGCCAAAACACCUAUCGACUACGACGGUGGUUCCAAUCCGACGUGGAAUCACACCGUCAAGUUCUCCGUCAACGAGGAAGCAGCAGCUAUAUUGAGCGUCAAUGUCAAGUUAUUUAGCUAUUGGCUCGAAGGUGAAAAUGACGUUUAUUUGGGAGAAGUCAAUGUCCCGGUUGAGGAGCUUCUUGCCUCAAAUCCGAUCCCACCGUAUGUUAACGGUAACGUCAAUAAAAUGAAAUCUAUGACUUGUCCUAUUAAAGUCACAGAAGGAGGAAGUCCCAAAGCAACGUUGAGCCUUUCCUACCGGUUUAAACCCGUACGGGUUGAUGAUGUGCAUUCUCCGGCACCGUUUAAACCAGUACCGAAUGAUGAUGUGCAUUCUCCAGCCCCGGAUCAUUUGACAUCGAUUGGUCAACCACCGGAUCAUUCGCCAUCGAUUGGUCAACCGGUUUAUCCAAACCCGGAUCCAACAAUAUCAUCAGGUCAGCCUGUCGUAUUUUCGCCUCGGUUUCAAACCGGCACAACGAAACUGAUCCUAGAGGUCGUGAUCAAAUACGCAAAGGACAUAGAAGAUGUCAACGCCUUCUCGGCAAUGGACGUUUACGCUUCCGUUGCGAUCCUUAAAGACAGGAAAGUUAAGGAUAGGAUCAAUACACCUAUCGCUUUCUCGGCGUACACAAACCCGAAAUGGAACCACAAGAUUAAGUGUUCUCUCGAUGAGAAGUUAGCUCAAGAUGGACGUUUGAUCCUCCUCGUGGAAUUGAUGAGCCAUAGGCCUUUUCUUGGUGAUAAAGAGAUUGGAUUCGUCAGGCUUCCGGUUCAACAACUAUUGAGCUCAAAUCCACCUUCUUCCUUGACCAACGGUGAUGCUAACGGUAUGAAGUUGGAGACGCAUGCUUUAACGGGUCCUUAUGGGAAAAAAGGUGUCGUGAGCUUCACGUAUAGGUUUCUUACGGAACAAGUAACAGUUCCACCACCAGCAUCCACAACACCUCAACCAUAUGUUAUGUAUCUACCCGUCUCGCCUCGGCCAUACCCGUCAUCGAAUCCGAUUCAGGUAAGCACGGGUUACGUGACUGUUCAACCGGGUGCAAAUGCUGGGUCAAACGACGGUCUAGUACCAAUUUUUAUGCCGCCUACAUAUCAAUCACAUGGAUCAUACAACCAAUAUUCACCACGACAGCUGAAACCGCAACCACCACCGCAACAGUCGCAGCUUAAACCACUGCCUCAACAGCCAUUCCCUCAGUCACUACCGGAUAUACAAGAAGCAUAA